UUGAACUGGACAGAUGCAACAAGAAGCGAUAAAUACUGUUCAAAGCUAGCGGAAGAACACAAGGCGAUCUCCAUAAUCCAGAAUCUCCUCGACAAUGCUAUAACUCCCGAGUAAGCAGCCCUUGCCAUAGCAAGCACUUAUGAGCCUCGUAUUCUGGCAGGCGAAAAGAUCUCCUGGUAUUUAUUCUCUCUGCUAUCUCGGGCAAUCGUCUAUCCGACGACUACUCUUGGCGAUCAGCAACGUGUCGUAGAGAUGCUGAUCCACCUGACGCAACAACCCAAUGUUGUCAUUGAUGGCAAGCCUGCCGAAGAGAAUGGUUGUGUCUAUUGGCGCGACAUGCCAGAAUUCAGUUUUUGGUUUAUGGAGCAAGCUAUGAGUUAGUCCGUGGGCCCUGGCUGACCAUAUACCGUGUGCUGAUAGAACAAAUCCGGUGUGUACACCGUCGGAAGUAUGGAUGAAGGGCUAGUCCAGAUAUCAUGGUUAGAACAAGCAGCACAAUUCGAAUCUGCCAAUCGAUUCUGCGCAAUACUGCUAAACCGCUUCGACACCGACAUCGCACCCAAGAUCGUUACAGGCUUCAGUCAAUUAGCUCUAGACAAUAUCCAAGACGCACUAGAAGUCGUUGUCGAAUCGUCAGCGCAGAUCCGUCGGGCAGACAUAUACAUCCCCGCAGCUGCUCAGUACUUCAUCCACGCCAGCCAUCAGCUCUGGGGCUUUUGCAUGCGCAGAGAACAAUAUCAGGGUGAGAAGAUCUGGAGAGAGUGGCUGGGUCAGAGUGAUGGGAGUAAGCCUACUUGGCUUGGAGGUGAUGGCUAUAGUGUUGAGAGGUGGAGAUUCUGGAAAGAACAACUUGUGGAAGCGUUGGAGCUCGAAAGCAGAGGCGGGCGUGUCAUUGACCACAUUGUUGAUUGCUCAAGGAGAGCGGUGAAAGCUAUGGAAGAUGCUGAGCGAGCAGACGCGUAGGUAUUGGGACAAUUAUCACGUCGUCGUGACCUAUAUGUCGAGGUGGUCGAAGAAUAGCG